AUGGAUUACAUGAAGAUACUUCAAAAAGACAUUACUCCACAUAUGAGAGGACAAUUGAUUGAUUGGUUAGCAGAACUUGCAGACAAUUACAAUCUUCUCCCUAAUGUCAUUUAUCUUGCUGUUUCAUAUAUCGAUAGGUACCUAUCUUUUCACCCUAUAAGAAAGGUUAGGCUUCAAUUGUUGGGUGUUACAUCCAUGUACAUUGCAUCGAAGUAUGAAGAUCUUAGCACACACAAUGUGGAAACUUUCUCCGUAACUACAUGUAAUUAUUAUGACAAGGAAGAGGUUCUAGAGAUGGAAAAUAAAAUACUCAAGACCCUAGAUUUUGAUCUGAGCAGCCCUACUAUUAUGACUUUUCUAGAUUUAUGUGAUACAGGAAGUUUGAAGAAAUUGCUUGUGAGGAAAAUAAUGUAA